GCAUACGAACAUAAAAUGCCAAUAAUAAAAACUAUCGUUAAUAGACUUCAGUCACGAAUUUUCAAUUACUUUAUUGUGUAUGUGUUAUUAUACUGUUAUGUUGUCGAAAGCAGCAACGCGGCAGAAAUGCCACACGAGUGUGCGUACCGCACAGCCAAGACAGAAACGUCGGAGAACACAGUGCUUUUUUGCAAAAUACGAACAAUUAGCAGUUUGGAUCACCUGCUACAAAAUAUUAGCCGGACACAUUUCGAGGACGUAAUAUCAUUGCACGUCCAGUGCAGUGAGAUUCUAUUUUUUGAGAGUACGCUUGCAGCUCAAACGGAAAAAGUUUCAGGAAAACAGUCCAACCUGGGCAAGCUAAAAGAUCUUGUCAUUGAUAAAUGUAAGAUACGUCAGAUACCGGCACGUGCAUUUGAAAAUUUCAAAGACCUUAAAAGCCUGCACGUGACAACCUACAACAGUGAAUGGUCUGCAAUGACUAUGGAAUUGCAUGAGAAUGCGUUUUCUGGCUUAAGUGAGUUAAUCGAAUUAGAUUUAAGUGAUAACAAUAUUUGGAGCACUAAAACUGAUACUUUUUGUUCAUUGUAUAGUUUAAAAUUUUUAAAUCUAACAAGAAAUCAUUUGCAAAAUAUAAAAACUAUUGGGUUUUCUGACUCGUCUCGGGAGCAGAACUUAAGUGUGAAAAGUUGUAAUUUAGUUUUAGAAACACUUGAUUUAUCUUAUAAUGAUUUGAUUGUAAUUACGGAGAAUAGCUUAUCAAAACUACGUUCAUUAUCAAAAUUAUUUUUACAAAAUAAUGCAAUAUCAACUCUUGAAGAUGGAUCCUUGGAAGGUCUUAUUAGUUUACAAGUCUUAAAUUUGUCUAGUAAUUUUAUAAGCAGUAUUCCGCCUGAUAUUUUUUCUGAUACAAAAUUACUGAAACAGAUUGUCUUAAGUAAUAAUACUAUAAAUGUUUUACCGCCUGGUCUUUUUAGGGGAUUGGAAGAACUCCAAGUAUUAGACUUAUCUCGUAAUGAACUAACUAGUCAAUGGAUAAAUAAGGGCACAUUUGUAGGAUUAUUACGGAUGGUAAUAUUAAAUAUUUCGUUAAACAGACUUAGUAGAAUUGACCGUUACAUGUUUCAGGAUUUGUAUAGUUUGCAGAAAUUAAAUUUAGAACAUAAUGAGAUAACAUCUAUUGACGAGCACGCUUUUGAAGAACUUCGAAACUUACACUCACUGACCCUAUCGAACAAUAAAAUAGUGCACAUUCACAUCCACAUAUUUACUGACUUACACGUAUUACAUGAAUUGUUUUUAGACAAUAAUAAAAUCAAGCAUAUAGACGAAAAUGCUUUUGAUAAUAUGACUACGAUUGAGGAUUUGGGCUUAAAUGAUAACUUUUUAUCCUCAAUUCCUCUUUCAAUUCGUAAGUUACGAUCCCUCAAAUCCUUGGACAUAGGGAACAACAAUAUAACCCAUUUAAACAGGGAAAACUUUCACGGUUUGUCAGAACUUUUUGGUUUGCGUCUUGUAGAUAACAAAGUUACUCAUUUAAACGAAGAUACUUUUGAACAUUUGCCUCAGUUACAGGUACUAAAUUUGGCAUCUAAUAGAAUAAAACUUGUGUCGCCUGAUUGUUUUCGUAAAAAUAUUAAUUUAAGACUAUUACGCAUGGAUGGAAAUGAUAUAACAAAAUUCGAUGGGAUAUUUUCUACUCUAAAUAAUUUGGUGUGGUUAAAUAUGUCUGCUAAUAAAAUUUCUACUUUUGAUUUUGAUAGUUUUCCUAGUAGCUUAGAAUGGUUGGAUUUGCAUAUGAAUUAUAUUAACACUUUUAAUAAUAAGGAUAUGAAUUCCAACAUUCACAUAAAGUUAUUGGAUCUCAGUUAUAAUAAUAUUACCGAGUUAACUGUAACUUCUAUUCCAAAAUCAGUACAAAAACUUUAUUUAAAUAACAAUUAUAUAAAUCACAUUCAAGUUGGCGUUUUUUCGAAGUUACAAGGGUUGUCAACUGUGACAUUAAAUAAUAACAAAAUAGUACAACUUGAUAUGAACGCUUUCAGACUAGAUAAAAUAGAUGAAGAUAACGAUUUACCCGAGUUCUUUAUAAGUGGUAACCCAUUUGUGUGUGAUUGUUCAAUGGAAUGGAUUCAACGGAUCAAUCAUUUAAGUCAUAGCCGACAAUACCCUCGUGUAUUAGACCUUGAUAAAGCUGUUUGUUCAUUGGUUCAUUCGCGAGCAAAAGAGAAAAAAAUGAUAAUAGACAUGUCAACUUCUGAUUUUCUAUGUCCAUAUGAAAGUCACUGUUUUGCACUGUGCCAUUGUUGUGAUUUUUUUGCUUGUGAUUGUGAAAUGAUCUGUCCAAAUAAUUGUAAAUGUUAUCACGAUAUAACUUGGAACGCUAACGUUGUAGACUGUUCGAACGCCGGCUACACUGAGGUGCCGGACAGAAUUCCAAUGGAUGCGACUGAGAUAUAUUUAGACGGUAAUGAUAUCAGUUAUCUUGGAAAUCACGUUUUUAUCGGCAAAAAGAAAUUACAAGUUUUAUAUCUAAAUAACACAAAACUAAAAGAAGUUAAUAAUCAAACAUUUAAAGGUGUCGAUUCCUUGAGAGUAUUGCACUUAGAAAAUAAUAAAUUAGUUGAAUUAAAGGGUGAUGAAUUUGUACAUCUCAAUAAUCUCAACGAACUCUACUUAGAUCAUAAUGCCAUAGUUCAUGUUGCAAAUAACACAUUUUCGUCAUUAAAAUCCCUUUCGGUCUUAAGAAUCGACGAUAACAAACUCGUCAACUUUUUCCCUUGGAAGUUGUUAGCCUCAUCUUCUAAAAGUUUAGCACACGUUUCAAUAGAGGGUAAUCAAUAUUCUUGUGAUUGUAAAAGUAUAGCUGAAUUAGAUACAUGGCUUCGACGAGACCCUGGAGAUCCAGAAAAAAUGUUGUGUACCGAUACCGAGGGUAAGCCGACUAAAAUAACGAUUGCCUCAGUUUUAAGUCACUGUAAAGAGUAUUUAGGUACGAUAAACGAUCCAACAGUUUCUAAAAAUGAAAUUGUUCCCAAAUCCUUAUUUCUUUCCGACAACUUUUUUGCAGUAGUAUGUGGAGUUAUAAUAAUUGUUAUUCUUAUUUGUCUUGUUGGAGCUAUAUGUUAUGCUUUUAGAUAUGAUAUCAGUGAUUGGUUAUAUACUAAUUACGGCGUGCCUUUAUUCAAAGAACAGUCAUGUCCAAAUGUCGAUCAUGUAUUGGAUGGAAAUCCGAAUCACGUGUACGACUAUUAUGUGAUAUGUAAUACCAAAGACACUCAAUUCAUUUAUCACAAUAUUAUGGCAGAGAUAGAGUUCCGGAAAAUGUCCUCAAAGAAAUUUUCAGUGAACGAAUCUUCCCUUAAUAUACUAACAUUAGAUAGUUUUUCAAAGUCUCCUAAAUUAUCUAAGCGUCUUUUAAUAGUACUAACAACGAAUUUUAUUUGUAACGAUCUUUGUGAUUUUCAUUUUAAAAACAUAUUUUAUAGUUAUUUGAAGUCAUUGAAUCGUAGUGAUUUAAAUAAAGUAAUAUUUAUAAAGUUAGUAGAUAACAACCAAAUAAACGACGACCUUUGUUUUGUAUUAGAUAAAUUUAAAAAUAUAUCGUGGAAUGAUCCACGCUUCUGGGAAAGAUUCAUCUCUUUACUUAAUUCAACCGACACCAUUAUCACAGUAAAGAGCUCCGACAAGAGCGUAUUCAAGAAGUCAUUACGUCAGACUCCAACACUAAGAUACACUACAAUGCCAGUCACAAACGAUACUUGCUCAAAGCAGAAUUAUUCAAAUUCCUUACAAUAUUGCAAGCGGAACGACGAGGAGACAUCGCAGAAUGAAAGCUCUCCAUCAUCUGACAACACGUAUGGGGAAGGGAACAAUUCGAACAAUAGUUACAUGUCGAUUGACAACAGAACUUGCCCCCGGUUUAAUUAUGACCUCAGGCGUUCCCCAAGCAGUGGUCACGUUUAUUCUAGGGUAGAGGAUAUAUCUCCUACAGUAUCUCGUUCCUUGACAAAUAAUACUACAAAAGGUCGCACUUACUUUGUCUGA